CGUAAUGGGAAGGUGUCACACACUCAGCUCCGCAGGGGACUGCCAAGACUCUCCCCUCACACGGAUGAACCCUUUCCAGGCAUCCAGUUCCAUGAAGCCAUUGUGCAUCUUGUUGGUUCUCACUGCGUGCUUGAGGGCUUCGAACUCACGGACAGCGGAGACCCUGUGCGGGGGUGACCUGGUGGAUACUCUGCAGUUCAUCUGUGCGGACAGAGGCUUUUACUUUGUCAGCAAGAUGGGCCGCCGGAGCCGGCAGAACCGAGGGAUUGUGGAGGAGUGCUGCUUCCGUAGCUGUGACCUCCUGAUCCUGGAGACCUACUGCGCCAGCCCGCAGGACGCCGCGCACACAACGCCGCCCACCGCACCGCGCCGCCCACUGCUGCCCCGGAUCGUGGGGAAGCGGUCUCUCGACGUUGAACAGGAGAAUUCACCAGGUCUCGGGACACAGCCAGAGGGGCGCUGGAGCUACGCCAGUCUCGUUUCCGGAGCCAAGCACGGCGCCCGCGGCGGCCAGCGAGGGGGGAAGGCGCGGCGGCGGUCCCAGCACUCACCCCAGCGCUGGACGCGGUCGAGCAGGGCGCCGCGCCCUUUGCGCAGUGACCUGCUCUCCCCCCUCCGACAGACGAAGCCAUUCUGA